AUGACUAGGAACAUCAAAGCGGAGCUAAACGCUCGCCUCUCGGCUUCUAACGUGAUUGUGGCGGGUGACGACGCGUGGGAAGAUACCCUUGAGCGGUGGACAAAGUAUCGAUUUCAAGUCCCUGCCGCAGUAAUCCAGCCCACCAACGAAGAUGAUGUGAUUGAAGCAGUUUCGUACGCUGUGCAGAACAACAGACCGUUUGUUGUGAGAGGCGGAGGCCACAGCAAUGGGUUCUCAACUAUCAGCAGUCCCGGAGUUGUCAUCGACCUUUCCAGGAUGCGAAAUGUCAGGGUUGACGUUGACAACCUGUUGGUAACCGCACAAGGGGGAGCAACCAUGGGUGAUGGAAUUCAGGUGGCCGGGAAAGCCGGACUCGCCAUUGCCACUGGAACAUGCAACGAAGUGGGCCUGGUUGGUGCCACGCUUGGGGGAGGCAUUGGCCGGUUUCUAGGACUCUGGGGAUAUGCGAUAGACACCGUCGUCUCCAUGCGGGUCGUCGUGGUGGAUCAGAGCGGAACGGCCCGUGCAGUGGAAGCAUCGCGCGAAAUCAAUCCCGACCUCUUCUGGGGACUGCGAGGCAGCGGCCAUUUAUUCGGAGUCGUGGUGGAAGCCACCUUUCGAGCACAGCCGUGGCAUCAUGAUACCUGGCACAGCUGUCUGGUGUUUAGUCCCGCGGAUGCAGGAAUGGCGGCAGAAGCAAUGGACCGCAUCCACUAUUCGGGAGGAAUGCAAGGCCGGUUCGUCUUCUGUGCCCCGAAUAAGCAGCCUGUCGUGCUUCUGCAGCUGUGGUACGUUGGAUCACCCGAUGAGGCUGCCAGCAAGUUCGACUCGUUGCUGUCUCUCCCUAGCAUGAAGGAACACCCCAUGAACUUCGUUGGCCAUCUCAUCCCGUAUCUAAACCUCAACGACUCCAGUGAUCGUGUCUGCGGCUAUGCUGGGCGAAAGAAUCUGGCGGCAUUCGGGAUGAAGUCCAUGUCGGCGGAGGCGUGCGACGCUGCGCUCAAAGUCUACAUGGAUUUCAUCCACGAACAUCCCGAGGCAGCUCAGACACAUAUCCUGACUGAGUUUUAUAGCAUGGACGUUGCGAAGGAGCUCGAUCCAUAUGGCCAGGAGACUUCCAUGUCUAGAGACGCCCGCCAAGAUGUCAAAUACUGGGUCAUGCCUUUGGCUUGGUACGAAAAUGCCAGUCUAGAUGAAGACUGUGCCCGUCUCAACCGAGAUAUUCGAGAGGCAUUCUUGAGAGAGCCGGACGGAAAGCGUGCCAACUGCGUCGCAUACGUCAACAUGCCGUUUGAGGAUGAUACCGCACGUAGCGUUUUUGGCAAGAGGGAGCGAGAGGGAAAACUGCGCGAAUUGAAGACGAAGUGGGAUCCCCUUGGGGUCAUUCAUGGCUUGAUAAAGUUCUCGGAAUGA